AUGAUUCAGAAUCAAGAUCAAUCGAUCAAAAAAAUACAAUUAAUUAUUGAAGAUAUGCUUAUGAGGGGAAAGUCGUGCGCCUAUUUUUGUAUCACAUUUUUUUUAAAAAAACUUCAUGUCAUUAAACAAUUAAAGUUUGAAGCAUUUAUAGUCACAUCUCAUCAAGGAGAAAAAAGUUCGAGACUUUUAAUAGCAGAUUUAAAUUUCCCCUCCGAAAAAUUAAGAGUUACUGAUGAUAAACAGGAGCGGAAGCAUUUUGCAAGUAUGCAAAUAAUGAACGAACGCUGGAGGCUUCAUAGGAAUAAUGAAAGAUUUAAAGAAGUUGCCGUAGUUAUUUGA